GGGGACACACGCACGGAGCCGCCCCCGGGGCCUGCGCCUGUCCCUUGGGGCAAGGAUCAUGGCCUGGGCGCUGAAGCUGCCGCUGGCGGACGAGGUGAUCGAGUCCGGCCUGGUGCAGGACUUCGAUGCCAGCCUCUCGGGCAUCGGCCAGGAGCUGGGCGCCGGGGCCUACAGCAUGAGCGACGUCCUGGCCCUGCCCAUCUUCAAACAGGAAGAAUCGAGUUUGCCUCCGGAGAACGAGAACAAAAUUCUGCCCUUCCAGUACGUGCUGUGUGCGGCCACGUCCCCUGCGGUGAAGCUCCACGACGAAACGCUCACCUACCUCAACCAAGGGCAGUCGUAUGAAAUCCGGAUGCUGGACAACAGGAAAAUUGGGGAGCUGCCGGAGAUCAAUGGGAAACUGGUGAAGAGCAUUUUCCGGGUGGUGUUUCACGACCGGCGCCUGCAGUACACGGAGCAUCAGCAGCUGGAGGGCUGGCGGUGGAACAGGCCUGGGGACAGGAUCCUGGACAUCGAUAUCCCCAUGUCCGUGGGCAUCAUUGACCCCAGAGCAAACCCAACGCAGCUCAACACGGUGGAGUUCUUAUGGGAUCCUUCCAAGAGGACCUCGGUGUUUAUCCAGGUUCACUGCAUCAGCACGGAGUUCACCAUGCGGAAGCACGGCGGGGAGAAGGGGGUGCCCUUUCGGGUCCAGAUAGACACCUUUAAGGAGAACGAGAACGGAGAGUACACAGAGCACCUGCACUCGGCCAGCUGCCAGAUCAAGGUCUUCAAGCCCAAGGGAGCUGAUCGGAAGCAGAAGACCGACCGGGAAAAGAUGGAGAAGCGAACGCCGCACGAGAAGGAGAAGUACCAGCCCUCCUACGAGACCACGAUACUCACCGAGUGUUCUCCCUGGCCAGAGAUAACGUACGUCAAUAACGCGCCGUCCCCUGGCUUCAACAGCUCCCACAGCAGCUUUUCCAUCGGAGAAGGGGCGGUGUUGUUGCCUGCGGGCAUCCCGUGCCAGGAAGGGAAGGGCAGUGCUAACCACGUGUUGUGCUCUGUCUGGCUCUUUCCCCCAUCUAGAAAUGGCUCUCCGAACCACCAGCCCGAGCCACCCCCUCCGAUCGCAGAUGUAAGUCACUCUUCAGAGCUUGUGCUUGUGAACCUCUUGCCCACGAGCACCCCGCAGGAGGCCCAGCAGUGGCUGCACCGGAAUCGCUUCUCCACUUUUGCUCGGCUUUUCCGAAACUUCUCAGGAGCAGAUUUACUGAAGCUGACCAGAGAAGAUGUUAUCCAGAUCUGUGGCCCUGCGGAUGGCAUCAGGCUCUUCAACGCGUUGAAAGGACGGAUGGUGCGGCCCCGACUGACCAUCUACGUGUGCCAGGAGUCCCAGCAGCUCAGGGACCUCCAGCAGAAGCACGAGGACGGGGACACCGUCACCAGCACCUUCUUCGUGUACCACGCCAUUUAUCUGGAGGAGCUGACGGCGGUGGAGCUGACAGAGAAGCUGGCCCAGCUGUUCAGCAUCUCCUCGCAGCAGAUCAGCCAGAUUUACAAGCAAGGUCCGACGGGGAUACACGUGCUGAUCAGCGACGAGAUGAUUCAGAACUUCCAAGACGAAUCCUGUUUUGUUCUGGACACCAUGAAAGCUGAAACCAAUGAUAGCUACCACAUCAUCUUAAAAUAGAAAGGGACGGGAUAAGAGACUUCUGUGAUCCUUUUGUCACGCAUGAAGACGCCUCACCUCCAGCACAAGGACACGAGCAGAGAUCUGGACGCUCCUGGGCACCCUCUCAGCCCCCGAGCUGUUGGCUUCUCGGCUGCCUUUUGGCAGGGGAGCGCCUUGCUCUUAGAGCCUGCGAGCUGCCAGUGGUGGAAACGUGCUGCUUGGUCGCUGGAGCUGCGAGGCUGAAGUCACCAGGCUGCGCUCUCCUGUAGCUCUCAGUAGAAAUUUGUCAUUGGGACCUAAAACCUGUGUGAGGGCUUUUCUCUGGCAAGCGUGCUCUGCUUUUCUGAGAGGAACCAGCUCCCGUGACGCUCACAGACUGGCAAGAAACCAUGAGUAGAAGUGGGCCAGCACACCCAGCUGGCCCUCCGGCACGUGCUGAGCUGAGCAGGUCUCAAACAUGCUAUGUGCUGCGCUGGUAGAGCGGUAGGCUAGGGCUGGGAGGGAUUUUCUUAAGAUUUUGUUAAGCUUUCAUUUCAUAUUACAACGCAUCUGUUAGACAAAGGUGGUGACUUCUUUUUUUCUCCUCUCCACCCACCCUGGAAACGGUGUGGUCGUGGUGCCAUCCUUCCCUCGCAGGUAUCAGGCUGUCAGGAACUCUCUACAGAUUGAAUUCACGUGGACAUGUGAAGCUGGAGCAAAAUGUGGAGCGAAGCAAAGCUGGAUAAAGAAAUCGCUAACUAG